CCGCGUAAAUUGCCGGCCGCUGACACCGCUAUCCUAAAGAAUUCUCCGCGAGGGAAAGGAGACGCGAGAGAUCCACAAGAUUGCUACAAGGAGUCAUCCCAUCCCUGCCGGCGCCCGGACUCUUCAGACCAGGAUCUCCCCUUUCACGUUUCACCCCUGGCCCACAUCGAGAGGCCAAGAGCAGGUGUCAUUCGAUCACCAGCAGCCUCAAGUGGGUGGGCUACACCAAGCGAGAGGGGAGGAGAUUGGUCAGCUGUGGGAGAGGAGGAUGGGGGGCGGGCAGAAUCGAGAGAAGGGACGUUUCGAGACGAAUCUGAAGCAUCGACAUCGGGCCAUGAGAGAGUAAAAGGGGAUAGCUCGGCAUUUUACUUUUGGCCUACUCUUGUGUCGUCACUCGUCACUCGCGAGCAGGUCUGGCUUCUGAUAUCCACAACCUCUGGUCUCGCGACCGGGCCUCCAUCUUCCGGGGGUGUUGGAUAA